AUGAACUGGCUUCCUCGCUUUCUAUUUCCUGGCCGUCAUUCCCGCGAAGCUGGCUCCACCACCGGUCGCGGGCGGCUCUUCGUGUAUUUGGCGUUGACGGUCUUCGCGUUGCUACUUUCAUAUCAGCUGGUUCUGAAUCGCGAGUCUUUGAGCGCUGUGUCGAAAUGGGCUAUCGGGAAUGGCUUGACGCAUGCUGCCGACCAUGCAGCGCCUGGUAUUCCGUCGCCACAUCCGGAGGACGAGAAGUGGGAGGGUGAAACUGGAUCACAGUUUGCGUCGCAGGAAAUUCGUGAAAAGGAGCUUGUGUUGGCUGCUAUGAGUUACAGUAAUAUGUCAUGGGUGCACGAGAAUGUGCCAAAUUGGUAUACUAAUAUCUAUCGCGCGGACAUACCUCCUGGCCAGGCGGAUUUGACGGUGCCUCUGAAUAAAGGCAAUGAGGCUAUGGUUUUCUUGACUUAUAUCAUCGAUCGCUAUAAAAGUCUCCCCGAUGUAGUUGUGUUCAUCCAUGGAGGCCGAUACCAGUGGCACAAUGAUAACCCACUAUAUGACUCCGUCAUCUCCAUCAACGACCUCCAACUCGACUAUGUCCGCGAAACCGGCUACGUCAACCUCCGCUGCUCCUGGCUCGUCGGAUGUCCUGCCGAACUCGAACCAGCCCGCUACUUCCGUGAACGGCCAGAAGAUAAAGGCCAUCCCACCGCUGUCGAAUUCCCAGACAGUUUCAUGGAACUAUUCCCCGGCGAGGAACUGCCCGAAGUCGUUGGCACGCCAUGUUGCAGCCAAUUCGCUGUAUCGAGGGAGAAGAUCCAUGAACGGGGGAUUGAGCAUUAUCAACGGGCUCGGCAGUUUUUGAUUGAUACGAAAUUGGCGUCGCAGAUUAGUGGGAGGAUCUUUGAAUAUGCUUGGCAUAUCAUGUUUGGAAAGCCGCCGCAAAAUUGCCUCGAUGUUCGAGAUUGUUAUUGCAAAACAUAUGGAUAUUGCAACAUGACCAAUGAAGAGCUGCAGAAGCAGUGGGUGUGGCGAGGGUUGGUCUUACCUGAAGGGUGGCCGAAUGUCGAUCCGAAUGCAGGAUUACAGAAAAGGGACGAGAUCCCCUCCAUGGCAUACUGGAGCAAAUAA